UAAACCGGAACCUGACGGCGGGUUCCGCCCUCGCGCUGGGGAGGAGUCCCGGAGCAGCGCUGGAGCCGAAGCCGCGCUCACACCCUCCUCGCCCUCCCCACCGACAUCAUGCUCCAGUUCCUGCUUGGAUUUACUUUGGGCAACGUGGUUGGAAUGUAUCUGGCCCAGAACUAUGACAUGCCAAACAUGUCAAAAAAACUUGAAGAGAUUAAAAAGGACCUGGAAGCCAAGAAGAAACCGCCUAGUUCCUGACGCUGCCAGGCACUGUACUCCGGACCCACCAGCUCCCUCUGGAGGGACCUGCCUCCUUCAUAGCCGCAUCCCAAAGCUGUGUUCCUCUUCAGCCUCAGACCCUGCCAACAUGGGGCCAGAAGUCGGGUUUCCUUGCGUUUUCAGCAGCUUCUCUUCCUCCUGUAACUUCCGUCCAGCUGCAUCCGAGUCCUAAGACUGGAAUUAUGGUGCUAGGUUAGCAAACACAUUCUUUCUUAGUGCUCGUUCACCUGUCCUCUGGGAGUUCUACCACCCACUGUCAAGAGAAAAACGAAUGAGUUUGGAUAGCUGAUUUCACUCUCUAGCAGUCAAACAGGAGCUUGUUAGACGUUUGUUACUAAAAUUUGUUGUCAAAGUAAUUAAAAUCAGUACCUUCAAGCCA